UCGGACGGGCGUCUUCCUCGCGUCGCGUCGGUGGUUCUUGGCUGAAGUUUGGUGGUCACGCUCUUCACACAGUACUAGCAACCACUUAAAGCUGUCUGCAGUUAAUGGCUUCCAUGGCAACCAACGAGAACCUCCCACCAACUGUCAUCAGGCAAUUGGCUAAAGAACUGAAGAAUCUUGAUGACUCUCCUCCAGAAGGGAUCAAAGUUAUUGUUAAUGAUGAAGACUUCACCACUAUUUUUGCUGAUAUUGAGGGCCCUGCUGGAACUCCAUAUGAGAAUGGAAUAUUUCGGAUGAAGCUUAUAUUAUCUCGUGACUUCCCUCACUCUCCUCCAAAAGGAUUCUUCACAACUAAAAUUUUCCAUCCAAACAUAGCAACUAGUGGUGAGAUAUGUGUUAACACACUGAAGAAAGACUGGAAUCCUAGCCUUGGAUUAAGGCAUGUUCUGCUGGUAGUGAGAUGCCUCCUGAUCGAGCCAUUUCCUGAAUCUGCCCUCAAUGAACAGGCUGGGAAGUUGCUGCUUGAGAACUAUGAGGACUUUGCACGCCAUGCAAGGCUGUACACUAGCAUCCAUGCGCUCAGGCCCAAGAAUAAGUCCAAGUCCAGCUCAGUUCUGAAUAAAGAUCAGCCUCACACUAUCCUCGCACCCAUAUCUACCUCUACUGCUACAAAAGCAUUUGGCCUGAACUCACAGGACCAGAAUGCUGCUCCGUCUACUGUUCUUGGAGGAGCAUCAGCAGCACCCAAGAAGGACGGGCCACUGAGCGUGAAAGUUCCGGUCGAUAAGAAGAAGAUGGACGCAAGGAAGAAGAGUCUGAAGAGAUUAUAGGGAAAGCAGCAAACUGUCAAGAUUCCAGUGCCAAAAAAUACUGCGAAGUUACCUGUUGUUUGCUUAGUCCUAGUCAUUGAUUUAUAGUAGUUCAGCGGUGCCAGACUCGGCAGAUGCAUGCCCAGAAAUAACGAGUGUGGCACCCUGUAUUUGGGAGAGAAGCUGAUGCUUCUCUUCUGCUCGGACCCAAUAGUUGGGCCCGUUGGAUUAAAAUAAACUGUGUAUGGAGAAUAUUGUGCCGUUGGUUCCGUCCUGUAUUAGUGCUGUUGUUGUUCCUGCAUUUGUUUGUGAUUCCAUGGUACAAUGUAAACUUGAGUUGCGGAGAACAUUCCCCUCAUAAAAGUUGGUUAGAGAGAUUUUCUUUCUGGAA